GCGUAGGAUAAGGUUUUGUUCAAAAUAAUUGGUUUCCUUCUCACAGCUUGUACAGAUUAGCAGCAGCAGCAGCAUGGCUGUAGCAAUGGCGCACUGCGUUUCCUGUUGCCGUUUGCCGGCGAAGCUGAAGACGCUUUCUAUUAGUAACUCCUCGAAUGCCUCUUUCAAACCGCUCAGCUUUUCCUCAAAUGUUGUAUCCGGCAAUGUAUUCUCUAGAGGAGUGGUGUUGGUGCGUCCAGUGAAAAUGCAUCCCGACCGGUUUUCAAUUGUGUGCGAAUCGGGCACUAAGAAGGCAGACUCGGCUGCGAAGAGGGCUCGGCAGGCGGAGAAGAGGCGGAUUUACCAUAAGGCUAAAAAAUCUGAAGUCAGGACCAGGAUGAAGAAGGUUUUAGAAGCUCUGGAAGUUCUUGGAAAGAAGUCUGAUGCUCAACAGGAAGAAGUUCUUUCGGUGGAGAAGCUGAUUGCAGAUGCAUAUUCAUCAAUUGAUAAAGCAGUGAAGGUAGGGACAUUGCACCGGAACACAGGAGCAAGGAGAAAGUCCAGACUGGCUAGAAGAAAGAAAGCAGUUGAAAUCCACCAUGGCUGGUAUGCGCCUGCUCCUGCGCCUAACCCGGACCCUGCUGCCGUGACGGCAUAAUGGCUGUUCCUUGUUGAUUUUAUGGCUGUCUGUUAUGCAAUGGAGUGUGGUGUAGCAAUUUUCUUUCUGGUUCGCAAUUUAUGAACUUACUUACUUACACAUGUGAGUCAAUUUAUGAGUUAAUUAUGGAGAUGAUAGCUGUGAAUACAUACUGUUAUUCUCAUUUCUCUAAUCCAAAAUUAAGAGAAUUUGCUGAGUAGGCCCUGCUGCUGUGCUGAAUUUGUAAGAAUCGUUUAUCAAUUUGCUCAUUCAUGUUGGAUUUUGUACAAAUCUUUUAAGGUUGCUGAGGGGUAAUGUUAUUUGUUUAUUUGUCCUUUUA